AAGGAACAUAUACUGACCGUUGAUCUAACUUAGUACAAUAAGCAGCAAGCCUAUAUAGAGUAGUGCCAGAAACUGGCGAGCAUGGAGAUACGGAAAUAGGACACUGUCUACUACAUCCCGAAUCGAGCUUAUUCUGUGUCAUAAGUAAGAGUAACCUGCGCUCCAACGAGCUGUGGGUGUAAGCUUGUUUUUCUGCUUGGACCUGGCAUGUGGAACGGGCUGGAAAGCGCUCGCCGAAUGCUGGACCGCUGAGCCUAAUAUUGACUAACCGCUGUGGAGCGCAGCACUACGGUAUCGCUGACUAUGGAUCCAGGUUCAGCUGGAUCGAGUACGACAGUAGACGUCCAUGGAUUGGAUGCGGAUACAGCCCUGAGAGGCUUAGACACUGGCGACAUGCCAGUAGCCGCUGGAGCGCCGUGUCCGUCGGGAGAUGAAGGCCCUGCACUGGAGGGUUGCGCGUCAAGCGGCACCCUGCCGGAGGAUGCUGCUGAAGCAGCGGAGUCGAUGCCUUCAGAGGGGUCAAGCGACUCCGAAGUCAUCCACAUCGACCUCACCAAGCGGCCCCCGCCGCUGCCUAUGUCGGGACUGGCGUUGGAGCAAGUUGUGAGCAUGCUGCCGGGUAACACGUACGCUGUUUCCGGCAGCGGCAUACCCAUACGGGAGGCCCCUGCUUCAGAGGAUCCGGGCUCGCCGCGCCCUCGGACCUCCCCCAAAGCGACCCCAGCGGCAGAAGCACCAGCAGCGAGCAGUGCCUCAGAUCCUGCCGCGGAUGCCGCUGCCGAGUCCCCCGCCGCGGGCGUGAAUCCAUCACCUGCGGGACCUGAGGGCCCAGCCGGCGCAGCGGCCCAGCCCGGCGGUGGGGAGGACACUGAUGGCCCCUGCGAUGGCAGCUCCCCGCGUGUGGCCUUCACCUUCAUCCCUGGACUGGGUGUCGUACCCGUUGUCGUGCAUGCAGACAUCCUAGAGGAUGAGGACAGCGAUGAGGAGCGAGAUGGUGAAGGCGGUGGCAGCAGCGGCGGGGCCGCUGGCUUGCACAAGGACGUGGAGGUUGAGCCUCGUAACGCACCUGGACCGGAAACCGCUGGCCCAGUGCAGCAGACGGCGGCUGGCGACCCUCCUGCCGGCGCGGUCGCAGUUGACGGUGCAGCCGCUGAGCCGGCGGUGGUGGUUCCUAAGAUGGAUAUCAGCGAGGAGCAGCUGCGCAGCAUCAUACAGCAGGCUGUGGACGGCAUGACGUUUGGGGAUGCGGCGCUUGUGGGAGGUGACGAACCGGAUGAGGAUCAGGCGGAGGACGAGGAGGAGCAGCAGGAGAAAGAGCAGCCACCACCACAGCUCCCGCCGGUGCAGCAGCAGCUGCCGUCGACAGGGAGCGUACCGGUGUUUGGGGGCAGCUUCGCAGCCGAGGCAGCUGCCGCAGGCGGGUUCGGCGGUGCCGAGGAGGCGGUGGGGCCCACGCUGCCGCAGCCCAUGGCUGGGUUUACGGCUUUGGGAGGCCAGGCUGUGGAUGAGCCGGAGUGCCAGCUGCAGGGGCUGCAAUCCGGGUUCUUUGGGGAUCGUACGGCGGAGUCUGUGGACGGCGGUAGCGAGGGCGAUGCUUCGGGACCUGGUGAGGAUGGGGAGCAGGAGGAGGGUGAGGGUGAGGAGGCUUACGAGGAGGAGGGGCAGCAGCAAGUAGCUGGCGAGGAUUCUUACAUGCGCGAUGAGGAGGACGAAGCGGAUGUAGAGGAGGAGGAGGAGGGAGAUAUCUAUGAAGAGGACAACAUAAUUCCUGGCGACAUGGAUUCAGACGCCUACACAGAUGAGGAUGAAGGCGACACAGACGCCGGAGUGGGCGGGCAGGAGCAGCUCCCAGCUGCCGCCGCCGGCGCCAGUGCCCCCAGCGCUUCCCCGGCCACCGCAACCACAGCCGCUACCACCGAUGCAGGCGCCGGUGCCAGCACGGCCUCCCUGCAGCAGUCCCCCAGCGUAGGCGCUUCAGCAGCACUGGAGAGCGCCCUGCCGCCGGUCAAGGUGUUUGGUCAAGGCCAGUCCGGCCGCGGCAUUGCCUUGAGCCUGCCCAGCCUGCCACGAAGCCGCUACGCAGCGUUGGAUCGCAGCCCCUCGCAUGGCGCGGCCAGCGGCUCCGGAGCGGCUGAUACGAGCCAUGAUGCUGCCGACGGUGCCGCGCGUGGGGAGGAGCAUCGUGCUCCUGGCAAGAGCGGCCUGGCAACCGAGUUAGGAGCAGCCUUGAGGUCCGUAGCGAGUGGACCUGCCCCCGGCCUGACCCCCAGGCCCUCCGCUAACUUCGCCGCUGGCGCUUCCCUGCCAACGCCGUUCGCUGGCUGUGUGCUUGGCACCGGUGGUGGCGGUGGUGGUGGUUCUGGCAGCGACGGAAUUGACCUUAACGCCACCAUUCGUUUGUCCGGUCAGUCGCUAACUGCCAUACGUCAGGCAGCUCUGCAGGCGGAGGCGCACCGCCAGGCGCAGGCCAUGGCGGAGGGCGACGCAGGCAAGGCCGCCGGGGACAACGCAGGCGGCGCGCACCCGCAUCACACGACAUCAGCCUCGCCCAGACGGGCCGGCGUGCCCAACCUGCUCAAUCCCUUUGGCAUGGCGAACCGGCAGGCCAGCGCUGCAGCAGGGCUGACCAACGCCGAGCCCAAGCAGGGCGCAAGCACCUCUGGUUCCAGCUUUCCUGAGGGCGACAGCGCAGGUGGCUUGGGGCACGACGCGGAGGAUGCCGGGGACUUGCUACGUGACCGUUCCAUCAUCCCUCCUCGCUACCCGACGGAUGCGCAGCGGAAGCAGCAGCAGCAGCACCACCACCAUCACAGCCACCAUGAGCGGAGCGAGGAGGGAUCAGCCGCCUUGUCACAGAGCAUUGAAGGGCAUGAGGCCCGGGAGGGCGCGGAGCCGGCACCCGGCGGCAAGCAGCGUACGCGGCACCGGCGGUCCGCGGAACACAUAGACCUGAAUGCUAUUGCCCCCGGUGACGCGCCCGAGCAAGCGGAUGGCAGGAAUGACGCUGGAGAUGAGAACCUGCACCCACCCUGUCGGAGUCUGCUGGCCAUGCGCAGGUCGGAGGAGGAGCUGCCCACCGCGCCGGCUGUGUCUGACAGCCCGCGCAUGCUGGACGAGUAUUAUGAGGAGGGCAGCAGCAGUAGCAGCAGCGCUAAGAGCGUGGCAGAUGAGCGGCUGAUGGACGAACUCGAGGCCCUGCGUGAGGAGCUGGGCCAGAAGACCACCCUGGUAGCGGGGCUGCGGGGCGAGCUGCGCAAGUUCAGCGAGCUGGCCGUGCGGCUCGAGCACCAGCUGGGUGAGCUGCGCGCCCAGAACAGCAGCCAGGGAGCUGCUGCCCCCCGGCGCGCCAGUGCCAGCGCUGGUCCCGACAUCCCAGCAGCUACUGUCACCGCAGCUCCGUCUGUCACCAGCGAGACACAACAGGACGAGCAACAGCAGCAGCAACAGCAUGAAGAGCAGCAGUCGUCUAGCAGCCCGGCUGCCUCAUCCACCUCCCCGCCAGCCUCAUCGUCCUCGGCUGCCAGCCACAGCCCACUGCCUCCGCACCCGCAGCCACAUGGGUUGGAGGGCGGCGCGCGGCUGGCGCUGUACCGGGAGAUCGUGUCGCAGGCGCAGCUGCAUGCGGGGCGCGCCAGUGGGCCGGCGCCCGCUGACCUGCGUGACGCGCAGGAGCUGCUGCAGGGCAAGGAGACCCUGGACGCGGGCACGGAGAAGGUGAUGCUCAUCAAGCUGCACAAACUGGUGUCCUGGGGCUGCGAGGCGGCAUGGAAGGCGUCGGUGGCGCAGCAGCAGCUGCGGCACAGCGAGGAGGCGGCGCAACGGUCGGCGCAGCAGGCGGCACAGGCGCGGAGCGCCUGGGAGGCUGAGCGGGAGCAGCUCCGGCGGGCGUUGGAGCAGCGGCCCAGCGGACCGGCAGCUGCUGCUGCUGCUGACGCAAGCGGAGACAUGGCGGCAGCGAAUGAGGGGUUGCGACAGCAGGUCCAGACGUCGCAGGGCGAGUUGGCGGUCGCGCGGGCGCGCAUUGCGGAGCUGGAGGCGGCGAUGGAGGCACUGAAGACCGCCGCUGGCAAGCCGCAUCAGACACGGCUGCCACGCAGCAGCCCUGAAGGAGUAACAUCUGAUGUGGACAGUGCUGCCUGGGGCAAGGAGCGCCAGAUGCUGCUGAAGACCAUCAGCGCGCUUCAGCAGGAAGCUGAGCAGGCGCGAGCGGCCGCCGGGUCAUCUGGUAGCGCUGACGCUGGUAGCUCAGUGACAGCUGCUGAUGCUGACGCAGCUGCCACCAGCGGGGUGGCUCCAUCCGCCUCGCCAGCACCAGCAGCGGCCGCAAUGGAGGCGGCAGCCCCAGCAGCGGCCGCAAUGGAGGCGGCAGCCCCAGCAGCGGCCGCAAUGGAGGCGGCAGCCCCAGCAUCGGACGCUGCUGCGGCCCCGGCACCCUCAGACGCUGCUGCGGCGCCGCAACCCAUCUCAGAGCUGCAAGCCGAGCGCGACGCCGCUGUUGCGGAGGCUGCGGACCUGCGACGGCAGCUGGACGAGCUCCUCGCGCGUGCGGAGGAGGGCCGCGCGCAUGACGCGGCAGUCAUUGAAGACCUCCACCUAGACCUAGAGGAGGCGCGUGCGGCGCUGCAGCAGCAGUCCGCGGAGGCUGAGACGCAGGCGCAGGAGCAGGAGCAGCAGUGUUCUGAGCUGCUGGCCCAUGUGGAGGAGCUGCAGCAGGAGCUGGCGGCGGCGGAGGCGCGGCACGAGGAGGAGCGGCGCGCGGCGCGGGCCAAGCAGGUGGCGGCGCUGGCGACCCGGGAUGCGGAGAUCCAGGACCUGCGGGAGCAGCUGAAGGCCGCGAUGGAUGACUUGGAAGAAGCAAGGGCGCAGGGAGGCACUCCCCGGGAGCCACACGACCCGGCGCAGGCGCUGGAGGCCAAGACCCAGGAGCUGGCGGCGGUGGAGGCGCAGCUGGCUGACGUGCGGGGGGCGCUCACGGAGCUGCAGGCGGAGGGCGGCGCGCUGCAGCAGCGGGUGGUGGAGCUGCAGGCGCUGCUGCGUCGCGUGCAGCAGCAGAAGGAGGACGCGGAGGCGGAUGCCGUUGCGGCCCGGGCGGAGGCUGCGACGGCGCAGGUGCGCGCCGGGGAUGCAGACACGGCGCUGGAGUUGGCGGAGGCGGCGUUGGGACGAGCCCGCGCGCAGCUGGACGCGUUGCAGAGUCAGGUGAUGGAGUUGGAGGAUGAGGCGGUUGCAGCGCGGGAGGAGGCGAGGUCCACGCGGCAGGGAGCUGAGGCUGCGCUGGAGGUGGCCCGUAAGGAUGCGGAGGAGCUGCGUGCUUCCGUGGCAAGGUUGGAGGCGGAGGUACGGGAGCUGCGGGAGGCGGCGGACAGCGUUCAUGAGCUGCGCAGUCAGGUGGAGGGCUUGGAGGGGGAGCUGGAGGCACAGGCGAUGCGUGCAACUGUGCUGGGGCAGCACGCGGAGGACGCGGAGUCGGCGCUGGCCGCGGCGGUAGGGAAGGUGGCAGAGUUGGAGGCGGCCGCUGCUGAUGCCGCGGGUGCGCGGGCAGAGGCUGCGGAGCUGCGGACAAAGGUGCUGGAGUUUAAGCAGCGGCUGGAGGAUGCCGCUCAGCGCUUGGAGCAGCAGCAGCAGCAGGAGAUGGGCAAUGACGCGGCGCGUGCGGAUCGGCUGCAAGCGCUUCAGGAGGAGCUGCGGGCGGCUCAGUCGGAGCGGGAUGCGUACAAGCGAGACCUUGCGGAAUGCCGUAAGCAGCUGGAGGCUGCUCGUCAGCAGCAGCAGCAGCAAGCCAACGCGGUGUCCCCGUCGCAGUCGCCCCGAAGCGUGGAGCGGCGGGAGAUGCAGGGCGACAGCACCGCGGCGCAGAUUGCAGCGCUGCGCCGCGAGAAGGCGCAGCUGCUAGCAGAGUGCGCACGCCUUCAGAACGAGGUGGAGCGCGAACGGGCAAACAUCGGGCAGUUCCGGGCCGCCGCCUCCACUUCCGAUGGCGGUCUGUCGCAGACCUCGAUCGAGGCAUCCUCCUCCAUUUCCGCCGCCGCCAGUGAGGCGGCGCGUGUGAAGGAGGUGGAGCAGCAGCUGCUGGCGGCGAAUGCGGAGCUGGAGGUGACGCGGGCUGAGCUGCAGGCGGCACGUGGGGAGCUGCAGACGGCGGGGAUCGAACUGGCGUUGAAGAGGGAGUUGCUGGCGGCCAAGGAGCGGUCGCUGGUGAGCCUGCAGGAGACGGUGGAUGCGUUGAAGGUGGCGGUGAUGGCGACGCAGCAGAUGCCUGGUCCGACCUAUGAAAGCACUCGUGCCGAGGCUCAGAGUCGCGCCGAGGGGCUGGCUGAGGCGCGCCAGGAGGCGGCGGUGGAGGUGCUGCAGAGGCAGCUGGCGGACAGCGAGCGCACCGCCCGCAGGCUGGAGCAGCAGGUGGCCAUGCUGGAGGUGCGGCUGUCGGAUGCGGAGGAGUCGUCGGCGCGGGCUGCCGAGCAGCAGGCGGCAUCGCAGGCCUCCUCGGAGCGCGGAGAUCGCGACGUCCUGGACCUGCUGCUGCAGCUGCAGAGCAAGGAUGCGGAGGUUGCUGAUCUGCGGCGGGAGGUGGAGCUGCUGCGGCAGCAGCUGGCGGACAGCAGUGCCCGCCUGGCGUCCGCCGGAGCCGCGCACGACCCCGCCAACCUCAGCGCCGCAACCAUCCACGAGCUGCAGCUGCAGCUGCUGCAGUGGCGCUCGCUAGGCGAGGACCUGCACGCGCGCUACCAGGCGAAGAAGGAGGCGCUGCGUCAGCUGAAGGAGCAGCUGGCCGCGGAGCAGCAGCGGCAUGCGGACGAGCAGGCCAGGAACCAGGCGCGACUGGAAGCGGCGUGCCAGCGACUGGGGCGCCUGUCGGCGGAUCUGGGUCUGGCCCUGCGGCGCUGCAUCACCUUGGACCUGCAGCCGCUGUCCGCCGCCUCACUCACCAGCAGCCCGCGCGCACAUAUGGCGGCGGGUGGCGCCGGCGGGGAUGCGCCCGCGGAUGUGAAUGCGCUGGCGGCGCUGCUGGCCCGGCAGGGGGCGGCGCUGAUCGAGUCGCUGGAGACGGCGCUGGAGCAGGCCGCCAGCGCUCGCGAGGAGCGGGCCAGCAUGUCCACCCAGCUGUCCAGCCGGCAGGCGGUUCUUGAUGAUCUGCGACACCAGCUGGUGCGGCAGGCGGGAGCGCGGUCCGUGCCGGGGGACAUGUCGGGAGCGCUGGCGGCGGCAAGGCUGGCGAACAUGGGCUUUGGCGCGGGCUCGGGCACGGGUGGACAUGGGGUGAGCGGCAUGCGGCUGGGUGGUGAUGCUGCCGGCGGCAGCAGCAGCAGCAGCGGCCAGCUGGGGGGCGGUGUUGGUGAGGCGGCGCUACUUUCGCCCAGGUAUGGUGCGGCGAACAACGUCAGGCCGCCGGCGGGCGCUCCGGAGUUCAGACAGACCGCUUCACGUGUUGGCAGCACCGUCGGCAGCACCAUCCCUGUACUAGAUGCCACUGGUGUGGCCAGGGCGCCUGCGGGCGGAGCACCGGGCUCCUCCCUGCUGGGGCUCAACUAUGGCAGCCGCGCUGCUGAGACCCCUGGGUUGGUCUCGAGCAGCUCCGUCGGACGCGUUAACCAUCAGGCCCCGGGUUCUGUGUACCAGCAGCAGCUGCAUGCAGCGGCUGGCAGGGCAACGGGCGUUCUACAAGACACAGGGGGGCUGCCGUUGCAUACCCUGUCGCCUCUGCGGCUUGGAACACCCCACGAUACGACAAAUGUGUACGGAGGUGCUGUAGGGACGUCGGCUUCUGCUGGAGCGGGGCCCGGUCCGGCCACGGGGUUCGCGUCUUCCUCACCGAGUUUGGCGCUAGGGGCUUUGCAUGAGCGCUGGUCGAGGCGAUCUGGUGCGGGCAUGUGAGCCGUGAAUAAAGUCUUUACGUUGACGUGAAGUCAAAGUUGUAUUAUAGGCUCAGCACUACAUGUUGCCGACGUUACGUUUAGCUGGCUAUUGUGAGCGUGAGCGCAACCUUAGGGAACAUCCUUUCAUUAUCGUAGCUGCAAAAAUACCAACGCGUUCAGUGGUUGCCUGUGUUUUCUACGUUGCUCAGAGACCAUAUAAAUAACAGCUGCCUUGCAAGGUAGGACUACAGGUAUUAAUCUUGCUGUCGCUUGCCAAAUGCAAUGACAAUGCGGUGUGACCCUAACGCAUAGUAUACAUCGGAGGACUACCAGGAUCGUGUAACGGUAUAAUGCCAUGUGGAA